AUGAAACGUACACACGACGACCCAGAAUCACCACUCUCCUCUCUCGAUUCCCAAGAAGAACUCAGCGAAGAAGAAUUGGAAGACGAACUAGACGACGACAUUGUCAAUCCUGACGUGGACGAAUUGGAGGAAAUUGAAGAAGGCGACGAAGAAGGUGACGAUUUGGACGAUCUCAGCGAUGAAGAAACGCCAACUCCAGUUCCUGAAAGCAGCAGAAAGAAAAAGAGCAUGAAAAGGAAGAGACCAGUGUAUCAAGAACCCAACAGUGAUGAAGAUAUUGAAGAGAUGGAUGAGGAUCAAGAGAUGGAAGAACAGCAAGAAGAAGAGGAAGAAGAAGAGGAAGAGGAUGAUGAAGGAGAUGAUUUGGAAGUUGUCAGUAAUCGACCCUUGACCAAACGUCAACGAGCCAAGUUCAACAAUGAUGGACCUGAAGAAUUCCUCGAAUUGCCUAUGGACUCGGGCAAGAAGAACAUUUUGACCGAAGAAGAACAAGCAUUAAGACGAUCCGAGGUAGCACGAAGGCGCAAGAAUCAGAGUAUACAACGGGCUGAAAAGGAUAAGGAGGAUACCAUCAAUCGAUUAUUAAAGAAGCAGGCGUCCAAGAGCCGCAAAGUGAUCAAGGAUGACGCGAAUGAAGAAAAGGACAACCGAGCACCCAAACGAGUGAUGCCACCAGAUACCAUCAAAUACGUCAACGAUGCCAAAGGCAGUGUGUUAAUGAUCCCAUCGGCUGUCGCCAUUGAGCAAGUAUUUGGACAUCCACCAAGAAAGUCAUCAUCAUCGUCAUCAUCAUCACGGAGUACCUGCCAAGUGGAUGGAUGCAACGCCUCCAAGAAAUAUGUAGCUAGCAAGAGUGGAAAAGCUGUUUGUUCAUUAGAGCAUUAUAAAAUAGUGGAAGCAAAAUAA